AUGGUUGGCGCAAGUGCGACGGCGACACAGCGUUUAAAAAAGGACUAUCAGAAGUUGCUAAAGGAGCCAGUCCCGUUGAUGCAAGCACAUCCCCUGCACUCGAAUAUCUUGGAAUGGCACUACGUAAUCUUCGGCGCACCAGCAACUCCCUUCGAAGGUGGUGUUUAUCAUGGAAAGCUGCUAUUCCCGGCGGAUUUCCCCUUCAAGCCACCAUCGAUUUUCAUGAUCACGCCGAAUGGACGCUUUCAAACAAAUACACGGCUUUGCCUUUCAAUCUCCGACUUUCAUCCCGACACUUGGAACCCGGCGUGGACAGUUGGAACAAUCAUUACUGGCUUGAUGUCUUUUAUGAACGAGGCUGCCCCAACACUCGGAAGUUUGAACACCUCGGACGCGGAGAAACGGCUGCUGGCUAAGAAAAGCAAGGCAUUCAAUCUUCAGGACAAAAUCUUCUGCGACCUUUUUUCGGAGCUCACCGACGAGUACAAGAAGGAGUUGUCCAAGCAAAGUGUGCAAGAAGAGGAACGACUCCGCGAAGAGGAGGAACAAAUAAAUAGAAAUCGAACGCCUAGCUCAGGCCUAUCGUCGCUAGUUUCUAAUUUGAUUGUUAUAGCCGGCGUCGUGGUUCUUGCGUUUGCAGUUAGAUGGGUGGUCCAAAAUGCACAGGAACAGGACCCAUAUUACCAAUCU